CAGAACUACUAGAAGAAGAAGAAGUGCAGCUGGGAGGUCUCGAGAGACAGCCAUCAGCCUCAUUCUUCUUUCUCAGCAAUGAUCGAUAGAAGACCGAGACUCGACUCGUCUUGUUUGUGUUGUGGUUGCAUGUUCUGAAUUGGAUGGUGUUGUUGGCAGUAGAAAGCAUUAACAGACGUUAAUCAUUAAUCCUUUGAGCCAUUUUUCCACUGUAGAUGAUGUCAUCGGAACAAGCAUGAAUGCAUCGUGGAAUGGAGCAACAGUGAAGAUCCACGGCCUUCUUUUAGCUGAAGGCAAUCGGUUCCAUUACCGGUAGGUUCUAGCUAGGAGCUUGGAGGAAGACCAAUGUCAUGUUUCAACCUACCACUAUUCAAUUCCAAACCUCACACAGCUCCCAAGGCUCACACAAGCCCAACCGCGUCACAAAAACAAUCAACUAACAGUCAAGUUGCUUGCUUAGCUACAGGUAUAGAGAACAGAAACACAUACAUACAUCAUCAUGGCUCCUCCCGUUCAGCGUGGCACAAGGUCACCCCGAAGCGUCACAGAGGCAAAACUUGACAGGGAACCAUCGGACUUUGAGUUUGACGCCUUUCCUCCAUUCGCUCUCACUGACGAUUUGCUCAGUCUCAAACCAAGACGACGACGACCAACGCAAACACAAACACAAACGCACCCAAGGGGCAGCAUUACUACCACUGCUGCUGUCACGGGAGCAGAGGAUCGCCGUCACAGCUCCGAGACUAACAAGGACAGCGAUGAGGACAGUUGCCACCGCGUUAGUACCGUAUCGUGCCCCAUCCUCGCGUCGCAACAACGACAACAGCAAAGGCCUCGCAUGAGCAAAAGCCAUAGUGUCCCCACCGAUCUGGGAAACUUCUCGUCGUCCUCCAACCGCACCAACAACAACAAAUCCAAGCGUCAGCUAUUGGCACGAGGAAAAAGUGCCAAGAAUCUGCACCGUCAUUCCAUCGUUAGUAUGGAUGCCAAGAGUGCUCGUACUAGUACCGCGGAGUUCCAACGUCAAGCUCGCCACGAGGAAUUCCAGCGUCAAGUUCGCAAGGAGGCCAAGACCAAGUCCAAGAACCACCCCAACUACUCUCUCGAUAUGUUGCGGGACGAAGAAGAAACGGCACACAAGAAGAGUCCUCCUCGAUAUAGCAGCCCCAAUAGCAGCCGAGCGACCGCCAAGACCAAGAAAGAACGCAAAACCACCAAAGACACCAAGAAGACCAAAGACACCAAGAAGACCACCAAGACCAAGGACCACUCGUCGUCCAAGCAAAAGAGUCGAACCACAGCCGUGAAAAAGAAUGACAAGCACAACAAUAACAAGUUAGAACAUGUCUGUGCGAUUGCCGCCAAUGCUGCGGCGGCUGCGGUCGAGGCAGUCUUUUUGCAGCAGCAGGCGGAACAGUCCAGCCUGGCCCAUGAUGAUGUGGAUAUCAAUCUCGUGGCAGCCAUUGCCUCGGCAUCGGCUGUUGCGGCGGUAAAGGCGACCAUGAGUGCCGAGCAUAACAAGCAAGGCAAAGGAACCAGAGUGUAGCUAGCUACCGCAACAUGCAUUCUCAAAAAGAAACAACCAAAGAAGAGUCAACCAGCCAGAAACAGAUUGAGACUAAACUAUAGCAACAUCAGAUGCACCAUAAAAGAGUAGUACCGCCAAACACAAUAGUUUGAGUGAAAGUUAUUAAUAGCA